GAAGUGGAUAGAAGGAGAGAGUACAGGGGUAUAUAGCCUAGAGUGUUGUACCCUCUAAGGCACAAACCUAUAUUGUCUAUACUAACAUCCUUUGAUAUUCUUGUAAGCAUAAAUGCGCUCUUAGGGAAUGGCAGAUGGACGCCGACAGGCCGAGGCGAAACACGAAACUGCGGAGAGGGCAAAGAGAAGACGGGAAGAGAGAGAGAGAGAGAGAGAGAGAGAGAGAGAGAGAGAGAGAGAGAGAGAGAGAGAGAGAGAGAGAGAGAGAGAGAGAGAGAGAGAGAGAGAGAGGGGGGGGGGGGGGGCGGCGGAGAGAGGAAAAUAGCAGCGCUGUCACAGGGGAUAGACAGGCGGAUAGGGGGAGAGGGCAAGAAGCACGCUGCGAUGGAGGAGGAGGAACGGAGGGAGAGGGCGCAGGGACGGGAGGAGGGUCGCAACUGGAAUGGAGGCAUGGCUGAGGGGGGUACGGAGAGGAUGCCGGACGCUAUGGUUAGAUGGUCCGAUGUGGAGGAAUUGUGGGAUGGUGACGUCCAUCCAGAGUUGUGCCUGUGUGCUGACCACUGGGCAGGGGAUCACUCACGGUGUGGUGCACGGGCAGGUGCAACGCCAAAAUGCGUGUCGGAGAACUGGGGUCCUGAGUGCGCUAUAUACGAGCGGAACUCCGCUACACACUUGGCAGUGAGGGAUUGGUGUCGUAGGAACUUUAGUAUAGCCAAGGUGGCUUGCAUUGUGGAGGGCGCUACGAGUUCCAUGAAUGAGUCAUUUCAUUCGCUCAUCCUGAAGUACGCCCCAAAAAGAAACAGGUUUCAAGGAAGCUAUGACGCGAGGGUGGCUCUAGCAGUAAUACAUUGGAACAAUUGCAUGGACCGGAUCGUGCGCGCUUUUGUCACGCGUGUGCGUCAUAUCACGAGAGUGCGGCGCGGACGGAGGGACCGGGUACUGGGUCCGAUGGACUGGUGUUGGGUCGACAACAUCCUACACGAGUGGCGGCGACCCUCGGAGGAACAGACUGAUGAUGAUCUUGCGUCGGCGGCCAUGACUGGUUCGCCUGCAACUCGGGCACAGACGGGGACAGCAACACCUCAGACAGCAGUCUCGCCUCCCGACAUUGCGUCUCCCGGAAUUUCAGUGGGCUCCAAC